AUGAUCAAAUCUUUGGUCAGUAAAGUGAACUCCUUAACUGUACAAGUAAAGAAGUAUAGAGGCAAAGCCUUUGUGAUUGUUAAAAAUACACCAAUGACUUGGAGAAUCAAUAAAAGUGAUUCCAAAAUGAAUUACUACACUGCCUUACUUACAGAAGUGAAUUAUUGGAGGGGGUCAAAACGAGCAUGUUUAAGUACUAAAAUAAAGCGUAAAACUAAACAUGUGAAAAAGUUAACACAGCGUGAUGAGUUCUUGUUAGUUUUGAUGAAACUUCGUUUGGGCUUACUGACAGAGGACCUUGCAGAUCGUUUUGGAAUAUCACCAUCAACAUGUUCCACAGUAUUCGUAACUUGGAUUAGAAUUAUAAGUAGAGUUUUAAGUGAUGCACUUGUUGUCUGGCUUCCAAGAGAAGCCAUUCGUGAUAACUUGCCAAAAACAUUUGCCAAAGCAGGUUAUUCCAAAUGUCGGAUUAUAAUUGAUUGUGCUGAGGUGUUCAUUGACAGACCAAAAUCCUUAACAAAUCAAGCAUCUACUUGGUCAGACUAUAAGCAUCACAACACUUUAAAAUUUCUUGUUGGUAUAAGCCAUUCUGGAUAUAUAACUUUUUUAUCUGAUUGUUAUGGUGGGCGCGCGUCCGUUAAUUUUAUUACAAAUAACUCUGGAUUUUAUGAUUUGUUAGAAAGUGAUGAUGAAGUUAUGGCAGAUCGUGGAUUUCAAAUCAGAGAAGAAUUAAUGUUACGUUUUUGCAAAUUAGUUGUUCCACCAGGUGCACGUGUAAAAAGUCAGAUUACAAAUUCAGUUUUUGUUUUUGACAUUGCAAGUAUGUCACUUAUACUGUAUAUGUCUGAUGGUUGA